CUGUAGGUACAACAACCUGCCCAGCUGCCUCACCACCACCCACCGGGAGUCGUCCUGACUAAGAUAUGCCUCUGCCGCCACAGCGUGCCUGAGGCCAAUGACGUCUAACCACUUAGUGGCCUGCUGCCUCUCUCUCCGAAUCGCAAGGUUCAAUCGUGAACUCCGGCUGCAACCGGAUUACUGGCUGGGUUGAUCUGCCCAAAUAGUCCUCGAGACUUCAAGGUCGGCUGCGCGCGACUGAACGGUCCCAGAUUCCUUCCUCGCAGUCACUGAAACUUGUCCCUAGGUAACCAGCUUACUGUGACCGCAUAUUGUUUGCCCUACUGUCCUCGACACCAAACAGCUACCUCCCCAAUCCAGUCCCAUCGCAGAAUCUCACCGGGUGCCAUGGCGCAACCGACGGAGGGUUCAGCCUUGGAUACUACGACCACCAAGACUUCAACCAAGACAUCGUCCGGUAAUUCGACGUUAUGGGAAAAAACCAAAGGCUACUCCAACACAGCCUACGAGAAAGCCCUCAAACCAGGCUUCAACAAAGCCUAUGCGGUUGUCGACAAGCUUGGGGCCCCCGUCAAUCGCUUGUCAAAUAAAAUCGGCUCCGAAGCAUUUUGGCCCACCACAUUGGAUAAGGAAUCAGAAAAGGCAGCUCGUAUUCUGCGUGGCUUCUGCAAAGACGGAUUCUACGAGCAGAUAGAAGAGAAGGAGGCCAAGAAAGUGGAAGACCGGAAUGCAACAGCCGUGGGUGUCCCACAAGGCAAACAAAGGAUAAUAAAAAAGAUCCCUGCCAGUGUCAUCAAAAAUGCUGUCGGCUUGGCUAUAUUCACAACCAUGCGAACUGGCUGGCUUUUUGGAGGCUCCGGCGGUGCUGGCGUUAUUGUCGGAAGGCAUCCAGAGACGGGAGAAUGGAGCCCUCCCAGUGGCAUCCAGACUCAAAAUCUGUCCUUUGGUUUUCUCGCAGGGGUCGACAUAUAUGAUACAGUACUGGUAAUCAAUACAUACGAAGCCCUGGGAGCUUUCACAAAAUGGAGGACUACCUUGGGGACCGAGGUCGGGGUGGCAGCUGGCCCCGUAGGAAUUGGCGGCGCUCUCGACACCGAACUGACCAAACGCCAAGCUCCUAUUUGGUCAUACGUGAAGAGUCGUGGGCUUUAUGCUGGAGUUGCGUUGGAGGGAAAUCUCGUCAUUGAACGGACUGACGAAAAUGCGAGAUUUUACGGAGAACAGAUCAGCGUCACAGACAUCCUUGUCGGCAAGGUUCGAUAUGCGCCCGUCGAGCAGUACCAGGUGCUUCUAGACACAUUGAAGGCUGCUCAAGGUGACGAAGUGGAUGAAAGUCUGCUCCCCGAUGCACCGGCUCCGAGUGAUAUGGAGAUCAUUCCACCAGGAGGCGCUACUUUUGGCAUUCCGGCCGAGGAUGAUCCAGAUCCGUAUGGAGUGAAAGCCCUGGAAGCUGAAGGAUUGAAUAUCCGAGAGGCUGGAACCCACCAAAGGCCGAGUGCAGAUGCUUUUGAAUUCAAGCCAUCACCCACCAGUCCAAUCUACUCCCAUUUCUCUCGCAGAAGCGUCGACGGCUCGAUUCGGAGCCGGACUUGGAGAGAAAGCACUCACAGCCUCGCUAGCGUCGAUCGGGGUACCCAGACUGACGAGGAUGAAACGAAAAGUGCCGGAAAUAGUCCUCGAAGGGACUCUCUGAGGGGACUUGAUCACCCGAAGAAACACAGCCAACUCGUGGAUGAUGCGGGCGAAGAACGACAAGAACGGAGAGAAUCAUUUUCAGACGUAGAUUCUGAUGUCGAGGUCUCGACAGCCGUACCAGUCAUGGCUCGAGCGAGAAUGGUCGAAGUUCCUAAACGCGUUCCCCCAGCGUUACCGCCACGAAAUCCUGGCCGGGUAGCAUCCCCUACCGCAGAAACACAGACGCCUGUUGAUGGCUUUGACAAGAUCGACCUGAACGGCAACGCCGAACAAAAGCACGAGGGCGGCCACGUUCUGACGCCAACUUCAACACACGAAGCCACCGAUUCUGCCUUUCAUUCCGUACCGGUGACGCCCACUGAGGAAUCCAAGGGGAACCCUAACGAUAUACCAGGAUCUUUCCAAUGAGCAGUCUGGAUUAGAUGGGUUCAAAAAUAAGUUAAUGAUUACGAGAUCUUAGAGCUGUUAUGCUGCUGUUUAGCUAUUUAUGGGUUACGCAUUGAAGGGAGACGAAGAUACCACAUUCGAAGUACAUCAACAACUUGGAGUGAAGUCGCAAUGUCUGCUCCUGCUGUUGUGCUGCUACCCCGGUGAGUCUGAUGGCGGCCACCGCUUCCGAUUGCUAGGAAUGAAUCCCCUGGAGCAGGUGCCUCGCGCCUUCGACUUGGGACUCUGCACUGGACAGUUCAGCUCAUCAAC